AUGCCCCUAAAGUGUCUGAAGGGCAGUGAGGAGAGUGAGUGUGUUUUCCCCCCGGGGACAGCGCAGACGUAGCAUGAUAUAGUGUGUGUUCCCUUCCCACUGUUCACCAGGGAGUCUGAGGCAGGAGGAUGAGCGAUGAGCAAAUGUAAAUGUGGCAUCAUGGACAAAGCGUUGCCAUGACAGCACAGUCAUCUAAGUUUAAUGUGAAAUCAUGGCUUUCAGUGGCUGGAUUGAUCUCAACCACGUCUCAUUCCAGAUGUACCUCACAGUUCUCAGAAACAUAUGUUUUAACAUGGGAUUUGUGAGUGGAUACCUUGUUGAUAUAUGAACAGAUAGAUAGACCUAAAAAGAUACACAUGAAUGAAGCAUUAAAAACGGUUGUUGCAAUUAUAAAAAAACUAUAUUAUUUUGUGUAUGUAUAUUUUACAGAUCGGGUGACAGAGGUGAAGACUGAUAUUUAUGUCACAAGUUUCGGUCCAGUGUCAGACACAGAUAUGGUAAGUGUUAUACUAGGUAUUAGACUACUGCGAUAAGGCCCUUAGUGAAAUAUAUUCAGCUUCUUUCAUCUAUGAAGAUACAGUAUUUCAUUGUUUAUUUUGAUAAAUAAGCUUAUAUUUAACAAUAAAUAUAAAUUGAUAUAUGUUAAGUAUUUCACAUAUAUUUUAAGUAGGACAGAGACUGACCCUUUACAUUGUGUUUGGUCCAUCAACAUUUCAUGUGAUUUUGGGGAAGCAUCACUACUGUGUCUCUCUGUUGCCGUUAUAGGUGCACUUUUUUUUAUUUGACACACACACACACACACACUAUCUAUUGAACUUCUAUUCUAUCUAUUGCAUCUUAGCCUAUGCCACUCUGAUAAUGACAUUGCAACUUAGCCUAUGCCACUCUGAUAAUGACAUUGCUCAUCCAUAUAUUUAUAUAUUCUUAUUCCAUUCCUUUACUUAGAUUGUGUGUAUUAGGUUUUUGUUGUGGAACUGUUAGAUAUUACUUGCUAGAUAUUGCUGCACUGUCGGAACUAGAAGCACAAGCAUUUCGCUACACUCGCAAUAACAUCUGCUAACCAUGUGUAUGUGACCAAUACAUUUGAUUUGACACACACACACACACACACACACACACAUACUGUACAUACACCAGACUUAUCAUCUUAACAGUUUUCACUCUCUGUGUCCCUCUUUCUUGUUCUCCAAGCUCCAGGCUCGUACCUGCUGGGCUUUAAAAGCAUUUCUCAGUUUCCCUCCUUCAUCACACUCUCAGCCCUCCAUUUCCGCCUGCUCUCAAAUAUUUAAACCAUAAAGAAGAGGGGAAAAUGGUUGCUACCGAACCAGCGCCUUAAAAAAUAAGAAGAAAUGGCACAUGUAUAAUUAAUUUAGAGGCUCCUUCCAGCUCACAGUGGAUAAUUUCACUCUUGGGCCAUCACUCUGCUUUGAUAGUGUUUCUCUGAUAGUGGCAUCCCUCUCUCUCUCUAAUAUAUUUGACAGCAUCCCUGCUGCUCCCUGUGCUUUGUGUCUGUAAAUAUAUGGCUUCUAUAUUCCCCUCUCUCCGUAUUGUGAUCCCUCCACGGUGCUCUUGUGGCAUAGAAUCAGUGUCAGUGUUAGACAAAACUAAUCAUUAUUAGGCUGACUAUUGGACGAUAAAUCUCUAGACUGUAAAACGCUUUCAUUUGAUUGACCAGGGCCCAGUUUUUUCAAAGUUAUCUAUUUGGAUUUCGCCUAUUGGACAAUAAAUGCACAGAAAUAGAAUGGACAACUCAUUGACUUGAAUGGGGACACCCGUUCUAGUCUAUCCAAUAGCCGAAAUCCGGAUAGAUAACUUUUAAAAAAUUGGGCCCAAGUGAUAAUAGUGGAUUGAACCGGUACAGAGCUUUUCGCUAGGCUUUCUCACAGAGCUUUCCCUGUUUGUUUUAACUCAACAAUUAACAUCCAUUGUGAAACAUCAAAGGGAUAACUUGUGCUCUUGGAGUGUGUUAACAAAGAAAGUAAUUUGCUCUGGGAUAAAUGGAUUGCAACUUCACAGUUGUCAUUGAAGUCUUUAAGUAUGUGUUUUUGAGUAAGGACUUCAAAUUCAAAGGGUUUCAGAGUCCAGGAAUAAUUUACCCUUGUGUGUCACCCCAUGAACUGCCCUUGGGGGUCAGGAGCCUGGGGGUUGUGUGUAUGGGAAGGGGGGCUGUACCCACCAGACCCCAUAGGGCCAGAUGUUGGCGGGAUGGGGGUACUGACGUAAAUCCACCCUGACAUUAGCCAGAGGGCAGGGAGCAGGCAUCCACCACUGACUCUGCAUGUCCCCAGACAUAAAAAAGUAGGUGCAACCUCAAACACUGACUCAGGAGGCACCACGUUAGAACACACAGCAGGUGCUUUUAAGUGCUUUUAUUUAUUUUAUUGAUUGAGGUGCUUUAAUACCCUCAUGGUUUCAUUAUACUUAUUCAAAACACAUGUUAUGAUGCAGCAGUAGGUUUACCAGAUCUAAGGUGUUUUUAUAACACCCUCUGCCAUUGCAGUCUCUUCAUUACGUAUUGUGAGAAUUGUGAUGGAAGGGGGGACAUUACCCAUAUCUCAACCUGUGCUAAAGUCUUUUGUACUCUUCUCUUUGUCAGGAAUACACUGUGGACGUGUUCUUCCGCCAGAGCUGGGUUGAUGAGCGGCUGAAGUUCAAUGGGCCAAUGAACAUCCUGCGGCUGAACAACCUGAUGGCCAGUAAGAUCUGGACGCCAGAUACCUUCUUCCACAAUGGGAAGAAGUCUGUGGCUCACAACAUGACCAUGCCCAACAAACUGCUCCGUAUCAUGGAGGAUGGAACACUGCUGUACACUAUGAGGUAUCAACUGCUUGUUUGUUAUUAUCCCUAGUUUCAUUAGAGAGCUAACAGAGCUGUCCUCAGGUCUCAGGACAAGGAGAUGUCAGUGCAGCAGCCAACGCCAUCAUUAAGAUCUACUGCUAUUGUACAGGCAGGCAGGGUCACCCUAUGAAAACCAUAUCUGUACAUAAAAGGUCUCAGCAUAGCCUGAAAGCGAGGAGAGAUGAGGCCAUUCAAAGGAAACAAGGUUGCACAACAAAACAACAGCACUGUGAGAGUAGCACUGAGGUUCUGGGAUGAUGUGUCUGUAUUUUUGUAUUAACUCAGGUUAACGGUCCAGGCGGAAUGUCCCAUGCACCUCGAAGACUUCCCUAUGGAUUCCCACUCCUGUCCACUGAAGUUUGGCAGUUGUAAGCUUAUCUCCUCAUUCUUGCUUCUAUUUUACUUUGCUGGAUGUUUAACUGGUUGCCUGGGAGACUGAAACAUCUAGUUAGUCAGGUUCAUUCUGAGUUCACGAGUCAAAUUGGGCUUUUCAUAAACAGCAAUGCCAUGUGCCUCUCUACAAAGACGUAUCUGACGUAAAUUCUAUCAAUCUUCUAUCAGAUUGACUGUUCCUUUCUUUAUGCAAUGUAUUUGUCUCAUUUACAGUAACAGAUGUUGAUUAAUGUAAAUGCCUGAACAUGAUCAGAUAGUACAGUAUACCUCAUGUUGAUCAGUGUGAUCAAGGCAUAAUGCCUCGGACACACCUACAGCACCAUUACGCAAAAUGGUACGCAGCAUCAUCUAGAUAUGUGUGCAACAAAAGUUCAACAUUCACCUUCUGCUACCAUUUCUGUCAAGCCGUCUACGCAUACAGAUUGGCAUAUGUUCGAUAAAUCCAACGUAUGCACCACACAACGCACUGCAAUUGCCUCUGCAAGGCAAUGCUGCAGCAAGGCAAGCACAACGUUCCAUUGGACAUUAAUGUACACUGCUCAAAAAAUAAAAUAACACAUCCUAGAUCUGAAUGAAUGAAAUAAUCUUAUUAAAUACUUUUUUCUUUACAUAGUUGAAUGUGCUGACAACAAAAUCACACACAAAUUAUCAAUGGAAAUCAAAUUUAUCAAACCAUGUAGGUCUGGAUUUGGAGUCACCCUCAAAAUUAAAGUGGAAAACCACACUACAGGCUGAUCCAACUUUGAUGUAAUGUCCUUAAAACAAGUCAAAAUGAGGCUCAGUAGUGUGUGUGUGGCCUCCACGUGCCUGUAUGACCUCCCUACAACGCCUGGGCAUGCUCCUGAUGAGGUGGCGGAUGGUCUCCUGAGGGAUCUCCUCCCAGACCUGGACUAAAGCAUCCGCCACCUCCUGGACAGUCUGUGGUGCAACGUGGCGUUGGUGGAUGGAGCGAGACAUGAUGUCCCAGAUGUGCUCAAUUGGAUUCAGGUCUGGGGAACGGGCGGGCCAGUCCAUAGCAUCAAUGCCUUCCUCUUGCAGGAACUGCUGACACACUCCAGCCACAUGAGGUCUAGCAUUGUCUUGCAUUAGGAGGAACCCAGGGCCAACCGCACCAGCAUAUGGUCUCACAAGGGGUCUGAGGAUCUCAUCUCGGUACCUAAUGGCAGUCAGGCUACCUCUGGCGAGCACAUGGAGGGCUGUGUGGCCCCCCAAAGAAAUGCCACCCCACACCAUGACUGACCCACCGCCAAACCGGUCAUGCUGGAGGAUGUUGCAGGCAGUAGAACGUUCUCCAUGGCGUCUCCAGACUCUGUGACGUCUGUCACAUGUGCUCAGUGUGAACCUGCUUUCAUCUGUGAAGAGCACAGGGCGCCAGUGGCGAAUUUGCCAAUCUUGGUGUUCUCUGGCAAAUGCCAAACGUCCUGCACGGUGUUGGGCUGUAAGCACAACCCCCACCUGUGGACGUCGGGCCCUCAUACCACCCUCAUGGAGUCUGUUUCUGACCGUUUGAGCAGACACAUGCACAUUUGUGGCCUGCUGGAGGUCAUUUUGCAGGGCUCUGGCAGUGCUCCUCCUGCUCCUCCUUGCACAAAGGCGGAGGUAGCAGUCCUGCUGCUGGGUUGUUGCCCUCCUACGGCCUCCUCCACGUCUCCUGAUGUACUGGCCUGUCUCCUGGUAGCGCCUCCAUGCUCUGGACACUACGCUGACAGACACAGCAAACCUUCUUGCCACAGCUCGCAUUGAUGUGCCAUCCUGGAUGAGCUGCACUACCUGAGCCACUUGUGUGGGUUGUAGACUCCGUCUCAUGCUACCACUAGAGUGAAAGCACCACCAGCAUUCAAAAGUGACCAAAACAUCAGCCAGGAAGCAUAGGAACUGAGAAGUGGUAUGUGGUCACCACCUGCAAAACCAGUCCUUUAUUGGGGGUGUCUUGCUAAUUGCCUAUAAUUUCCACCUUUUGUCUAUUCCAUUUGCACAACAGCAUGUGAAAUUUAUUGUCAAUCAGUGUUGCUUCCUAAGUGGACAGUUUGAUUUCACAGAAGUGUGAUUGACUUGGAGUUACAUUGUGUUGUUUAAGUGUUCCCUUUAUUUUUUUGAGCAGUGUACUUCUGGUGUACCAAAACGCAAUGACGCUGUAGGUGUGAUCAAGGAACUCCAGGUCUCUUCCCAGUCAGUGACAGAGCCAAGAUCAUUUUUUGUUUGCGCUCAUAACGCACCAUGGCUGUUAGAAGAGUGUAUGCUUAUAUGAAGUUGCCAGGGGGAAACUUGGUGUGUGCGCGCGCGCAGUGACACCUGUUUGAAUGCGUUAUUAAAUAAUUAGACUGAUAAGCGUGCAUGUGCAGUGACGCCUGUUCGAACAAGUGUAUUGGAUCAUCAGAUUGAUGGCCAUUUGUUUGUUUUGCCCCUACAUUUGACUACCCACACACACCUGCAUACACACACAACCCACCCAUCUCUACCUAUGUAUGUAACCACACAGACUUGGAUGAAAUACCUCAUCCAAGUCUGUGUGGUACCUUCUUCUGAAAAGACCCAAUCUGUGGCACAACCUCUUCCAGGUCCUAAUAAUUAUAAGAAUACUUUAUAAACUGACAUGGAAUUGUUUUAAGAUGGUCAUAUCAUGGAUUAUUUAGCUAUUUGAUUUGGAAUUUUAUGACCCUUUUAGGUAUCCCCAAAUUUCUUUUAUAUAAAACAAUUAGAUAAAAUAUAGAAUUUGGCCUUUAGUACCACAUCCCAUAGAAAUACAUUGAAUAACACAUUCAUAAACGACAAAACAAGACAGUAAAAAUAAUAAUAAGGAAUAAGGUUUUGAAGGUUUUUUGUGUUAUUUUGUAUUUAUUUUUACACAUAACCCUGUUUUUGGGGUAGGCACAAAAGGACCUCCAUAAUUCCAUUUUUUACCUUCAGACGAGUCUGUGACACUUGUGGGGGUCAUGGAGCAAAAUGGAGAACACUAUCGUGUUCUUGAGAAUCUCCCCUUUCCAUACAGCCGUUUUCGUGAAAAGACAGACAUUUUCGGGAUGUCUCAUAGUCUGACAAACACCGCUGUAGAUCGGCCAACUUUGCAGCCCAUGCAAAAAAACGGAUAUCUCUAGCUUAAACUGACAGAUUUUGAUGGGGAUUUUUUAUUAUGCUACUUUAGAGGGAUAAUGAUGCGCUAAAAGAGCAAGGAUUUCCUUGUUACUAAAGCCAAUUCUAAAGUAUAGUUUCACCAGUCAUCUAACUCAGGCAUUUCAACGGUGGCGUGCACAGCAACAGGGAGCCAGAGAGGUAUGCAAUUAAUAUCCAAAUCCCUUACUUUAAUCGCAGGUUGACUUUUAUUUUCAUGAUUUCUCAUUAGAUAGGCCAGCUGCAAAGUCAAAAAUUGGCUAUAUUGUAAAAAAUCAUGAAAACACAAAUUAUCUUUUUGGUCUUCAUUUAGGGUUAGGCAUUAGGGUUAGCAGUGUGGUUAGGAUUAGGUUUAAAAUCAGAUUUUAUGACUGUGGCUGUGCCAGCUUGUGGCAAGGCUGCCUCCAGAACAAGAUUCAUAACGAAAAACAAAAUAUUAUUGCCACUUAAUUCACGAAAUUCAAUUUGGACUUUAUUCUAAAAAAUGUAUUUCAACUUUAUUCUUAAAUUUCAACUUUAUUCUCUAAGUAUUUAAAGUUUUUAAAGUACUAUCCGUGCCAUCACAGUUUAUUAAUUUGUUCUCUUCACUUGGUCCUAAUUCUCUUCCGUACAGAAUUCAAAAUUACAAUGCUUGUCUUUCAAAAUUUGGUCAGUUAUGCAUGGCUAUGAAGGUUCAGACUUUUUUUUGUUGGCAUGUCAUGCCUAAGUUUGCUAAUCUUGCCAAUGAAAAAGUCAUUAAAAUUGUUGGCAAUAUCAGAGGGUUUUGUGAUGAGUGAGCCUUCUGAUUCAAUGAAGUACUCAGUAUGUAGCUGAGUUCGCCUUUUUGGGCCAAAUUUCAUUUAAGGUGCUCCGAAACUUUUUACUAUCAUCCUUUAUAUAAUUUAUCUUUGUUUCAUAGUACAGUUUCUUCUUCUUUUUGUUUAGUCACAUUUACAAUUAAUCAAUUUACAGUACAUUUGUCUGUGCAGCCAGAUUUAUUGUACAGUAUUGACCUUUAUUACUCUCUGCAGAUGCCUACACAUUGGCCGAAGUGACGUACAUUUGGACUCGAAAUGCAUCAGCGUCAGUGGAGGUAGCAGAAGACGGAUCCAGACUGAACCAGUAUCACCUUCAGGGCCAAACUGUGGGGACAGAGACCAUUAAAUCAAGCACAGGUGAGUCUAGACCAGAAUAAUCAAGAAAUGGCAUGCUCAAAUCAAAUAGUCUUUAAACAAAAGUCUUUGGGUGAAGGGUUGGAAAGGAAACAUUAACUGGAAAAUGAAAACCCACACUCACUAGUAAGAGUAACCAGUGUGUGUGUGUGUGUAUUUUCCAGUUGAUGAGUCUACACCAGUAGCCACUACUGGAAUCUGAGCAGAGACACCAAGUAGAGACAACAAUCUCCUGAAACACUUGUGUAAAAAUAUACAAUUAUCACACCACACUCUCAUCUGUAUUUGUUCUACUUCUUCCCUGUCUGCAGGUGAAUAUACCGUCAUGACAGCCCACUUCCACCUGAAGAGGAAGAUUGGCUACUUUGUGAUCCAGACGUACCUGCCCUGCAUCAUGACAGUCAUCCUCUCCCAGGUCUCUUUCUGGCUCAACCGAGAGUCUGUACCCGCCAGAACUGUAUUUGGUAAGCUCUUAAAAUUAUCGCUUUCACACACAAUUAUUUGUUCUCAGCAGAUAGCAAUUACUGCCACAAUGGUGCCAUGUUUGCAAUGUCUCAAAUAUGUGAUUUUGUCUUCAGUCAGGCUGAACAUGUUUUCCUAUGUAGUCAAGUAAAACAUAUUAUUCCACUGGAAGUCUCUGCUCUUUAGUGGUCAAGAGUGCUCCUCAACGUUCAGGUCAAACACAUUGAUGGUCAAGUCAAACACAUCCUAUGUUAAAUUGUUCUAGUCAAACAGCCCUUGUCAGAUCAAAUGCGUUCCACCAUAGCCAAUUCAAACACCUGUUGCUCUACAGUCAGGUCAAACACCUGCUCUUAGAUCACAGUCAGGUCAAACACCUGCUCUUAGAUCACAGUCUGGUCAAACACCUGCUCUUAGAUCACAGUCUGGUCAAACACCUGCUCUUAGAUACCUGCUCUUAGAUCACAGUCUGGUCAAACACCUGCUCUUAGAUCACAGUCAGGUCAAACACCUGCUCUUAGAUCACAGUCUGGUCAAACACCUGCUCUUAGAUCACAGUCUGGUCAAACACCUGCUCUUAGAUCACAGUCUGGUCAAACACCUGCUCUUAGAUCACAGUCUGGUCAAACACCUGCUCUUAGAUCACAGUCUGGUCAAACACCUGCUCUUAGAUCACAGUCUGGUCAAACACCUGCUCUUAGAUCACAGUCUGGUCAAACACCUGCUCUUAGAUACCUGCUCUUAGAUCACAGUCUGGUCAAACACCUGCUCUUAGAUCAGUCAGGUCAAACACCUGCUCUUAGAUCACAGUCUGGUCAAAUGGUCAGACAAAAAAGCUACUCUUCUCUGAUUUGCAGUCACAUGCUGCACAUACAAAGCUCCUAUCCCUAAGCAGGAGUGUUAAAUCUGACAGGCUAACACUUUAUCAGAGCAUCACAGCAUGCUUAAGAAGCCCAGUCGACCCGCACAGAAAAAGAAAAAAGCCCAGACCCUUAUAUCCCAUUUGGAAAUGUCAGGUAUCUGUCGGUCUCUAAACUGGGGCCUCUAUACACUCUCUCUGUCUGCCCCAUAAUGUAGAUUCCCCUCAUAUAAUCAGGGCUUAUUAUGCAUUGAAGUUCCAUGUAUUCAGAGCCAGUCAGUGUCUUCACAACCUUAAUGACAUGAAGAUUAUGUCCUGUAUCAGAUGAAUGGUUUAACAUUAGGCGAACUGGAGUGGCUUUUAAUAGGCCUUAACAUCGAACUACCACUUUAGCCCUCAAUUUAAACACACAGACCAGUUACUCUAAAUGCCCUUGGUUGCCAACUUAACAGCCCCCAUAUGAAAAAAACAUAAAGAAUGUUGUCUUUAUAUGCAUUGUUGUUGGUUUACAUUAUUGUAGAAUAGUUUCUAUAAGUGUCUAAAGUUUUAGGAAGUAGUAUAUCCAUCGAUCCAUUUAUGGAAUAGAUUUGUUUUCCUUUGAAUACUUCUAUAUUAUGAGCCCUUUUCUUAUUGUUUACAUUUUGGGGUCAACUCACCAUGCAAAUUCAAGAACUGCAGGAUUUUCUGUAUAUUAUUUUAAUUUGUUCACAAUUCUCCCUCAGUUUUCUAGUGCAUCAAACAGAUUUAUUACUAUUCAAACAUGUUCAGUGAUCAUCCUCAUGAAUCACUAAUUGAGACAGUCUAGCUCAGCAUAUCCUAAACUCGAUCCUCGGGACCCCAAGGGGUGCAUGUUUUGGUUUUUGCCCUAACACUACACAGCUGAUUCAAAUUAUCAAAGCUUGGUGAUUAGUUGAUUAUUUGAAUCAGCUGUGUAGUGCUAGGACAAAAACCAAAACGUGCACCCCUUGGGGUCCCGAAGACUGAGCUUGGGAAACCCUGGUUUAGCUAUUAAUGCAAGGUUAUUAAAUAAUUCAUAUUCAGAUAAUAGCUGGUAAAUCCAGCUGUUUCUAGAGGGGUCAACGAACUGUGGCUGAUUGCUCCUUCGCUUCAUUGUGAUUUGGCACAAGUCAUCCUUCCCCUCCCUUCCCAUUCUACACUGAAAGAGUGAACAGGUUUCAUGAAGUUGUUAUGAAUAUGCUUCAAAGGGGGGCUGAACUUCCUGAUUUAGCCUCGGUUUCACUUAUCCUCAUUAUGAAAUGUGACUGAUAAUGAGAUUUGGGUCUUGGAGGCGUGCUUUGAUGUGGGUGUCUCUUUUGUGUGUUCGAACGUGGGAACCGUUUGUACAUUCAAAACAGUACACAGUUGCCAAAACAGUACACAGUUACAGUUAUUCAUCCUUCUAGAAAACUUGAAGCAAUCUAACCAGUGUCUGGAAGUAGCCUAGACUACCUAGUAAGCUAUCCAACUUCUUUCACCAAUUCCCUUCAGCCGGCUGGUGUGCAACCGUGGGAAAGUUGGUUUGACUUUGAAUAGCCUUGCUCUGGGGCUGGUUAGGGACCGUCAAUAAAUUACACAAUGUAAAUGGUACAAUAUUUUCAUGUUGCACAUGUUUUAGUUGUCUCAUUAAAUGUUUACAAUAUUUGCAUAUUGAUUUCUACAAUUUAUAGUUGGUUUGAGGUUUUUAACCCUUCAUUUCGUGACAUAAUUUUUUCCCCUAAUUAUCUCGCAAAUAUCAGUUUUGGAUGAGACUGACUUUAUGUCCCAAAUUAUCCUGUUUACACUUUGACACUACAAUAAUUGUUUCUGACUAAUAUCAAUGCCACAUUGGCCGUUUUCUACCAGAGAAGUUGUUUAUUGCCUUCAGUUGCUCUUUAAAGGCACACUCUGUAACUUGUCUACCCCUGUGGUAGCUACUGUAGGAAUGAAAUACAUAAACAAAGAUGUUUGACAAACUCCUAUGAAAUAUCUCACAAAUACCCUGUAACAUUAAGGGCUCGAUUCCAUCUGUAGCACUGAAGAGCCUUGCUGUAGCGCAAAUGAAAUUUUAAAGGCAAUGUUCUCAUGUUUGCAGAGACUACAUUCACGGUAAAUGCUGCAUAUGUUGGCUCAAUCGGAAAUUACCUUUACAUUUCAAUCGCGCUAUAAUGCAGAUCUUCAGCAAAGGCCAUCUAAGGAAAAGUGUUCCUUUUAGAACUGUGUUUCUUGUUGUCUCUGUUCUAUGAGGUCUGGCUUUGUGGUGUUGUUCUGGUUUUAUUAUUAAUGUAGUCAUCACCACUUCAACCUCUAGAACACAUCCCCACAAGCCAUUUUAUCCUUUCAAUCGGGGAUUGUUAUUUUACCCCGUUAGCCUGCAUUAUGUUGUUUCAUGUUUCCUAAAAUGCAAUGGAAAAAAAGCCACACAAAAAAACAUAUCCAUCAGCAGCAAUGUGGGGAAAAAAAAAAAACAUUAUUUCACUGUCAAUGUCAUCUUAGUCAGAGGUUUGAAGGAAGAAGUUAUAACUCUUUGUCUAUUAAUAUGCCUGUGUCUGCUGCAUGUUUAGAGUACACAAUGACUGUGUAGAUUGUCAAUAGAAAACAUGUUUUCCAGGUUUGUUUAUUCUCUCACCUUCCCCUGCAAUGCAGUAAUCUAAGUGUAUUUUUUCUCUCUGAAAACGAUGGGGCCAGGCAAUUAAUAAAGAGACAGGAAGAUGCUUUGCAUUUGCUUUGACUAAAUUCAUAGAACAGUGACUUAAGGGGGAGAGACGCCUAUUGAUCAUUGAGGAGGAAACUCAAGGAAGUGGAGAAAAUAUUCCUGUGUGUAUUCCUGUGUAUGUCAGUGAGUGAGAGUGCAGGUCUGGAGUGACGCAACAUCAAAAGGAAAACACAAUAUCCUCUUAAAGCAUUGUAGUGGUGUGAUAGGGUGGGAUUUCCGCAUGUCCUCCAGCGCCUGAUAGUCUGUUUGUGCACCAUGCCGAGUACUUCAUAUCAGCGUGUGGCUUGUGGGUAAUACUUUACUUGAACUGCACUGCCGAAAUGCCUUCUUAAACAUAUCAUAGAAAUUAUGUGAUAGACAUCAUAAAUGGUCAUGACAACAGCUCACCUUUCACUUGUGACAGUUAUAUAAAUACAUAUUUUGUUAGGGCUGUCAAAGUAAACGCGUUAAUAAUGUGUUUAACUCGUGACAUGUUUAUCAGUGUACAUUCUUUUUAUGCCAUUAAUCGCAUCUUCAUUUCUUCACUGCACGGAACCUUAACGCCUCGAUCACACUAACAGCAUCAUCUGGAUAUGUGUGCAACAAAAGUUCAACAUUCACCUUCUGGUACCAUUUCUGUCAAGCCGUCCACACAUACAGUUUGAUGCAUAUGUUAGAUAAAUCCAACGUAUGCACCACACAGAACUCACUGCAACUGCCUCUGCAACCUAAUGCUGCAAGGCAAACGCAGCGUUCCAUUGGAAAUAAAUGUACUUCUGGUGUACCAAAAUGCAAUGACGCUGUCGGUCUGAUCGAGGUGUAAGCGCACGUUUCUGCACGGACCCUUUUUAAGCGCAAAACACAACACUCAACACAGCUACAGUCAAUGGGUGUUGUCUAGAAGGGAUACAUCUUUUGUCAAAAUUGACUUUUCGUGUUAGGUUUCUGAGAAUUUUCGCAGCAGGUUAAAUAACGUAGCCGGUUAGGAGAAUUAGGUUAAGGUUAGGAAAAGGUUAGGGUUAGCUAAAAACAACUUUGACGUCAAUUUGACAAACUGUAUCCUAUCUAGACAUGACCUAGUCAAUGCUUGCGCCUUAUCAUGAAACCCCUUUACAUCGCAGAAGACCUUGUGCCUCUAGCCAAAAUCAUGUAAAACUUAUGCCCAAUAUUACCAGAGCUGUUUUUCUUUCUGCUGCAAAUUCGUGCGCAUGUCGCGGGCCACUUGCGAGCCGCUAUUUUUUUGGUUUGAUAACAGAAAAGAAUGUAGCUAGCAGUCAAGUUACCUGAUGACUUGACCACAGGAUGAACUGAAAUGUAUUUAUUUUAUUUUUAAUUUAACCUUUAUUUAACUAGGCAAGUCAGUUAAGAACAAAUUCUUAUUUACAAUGAUGGCCUAACAAAAGGCAAAAGGCCUCCUGCGGGGACGGGGAUAAAAAAUUAUAAAGUAGGACAAAACACAACACAUCACGACAAGAGACACCACAACACUACAUAAAGAGAGACCGAAGACAUCAACACAUCAUGGCAGCAACAAAACAUGACAACACAGCAUGGUAGCAACACAACAUGACUUCAACAUGGUAGCAACAUGACAACAACACGGUAGCAACACAACAUGGCAGCAGCACAAAACAUGGUGCAAACAUUAUUAGGCAAAGACAACAGCACAAAGGGCAAGAAGGUAGAGACAAUACAUCACGAAAAGGAAUAGGGUACUCAAAGAGACGCUUUAAAGGUAGUGUAUGAUUGUGUGUGUGUGUGUGUGAGAGAGGAUGUGUGUGAGAGUGGGAUUAAGUGGGAGAGUUCGUUUUGCCUGGCCCGGUGCCCCGAGUGAGUGGAGUCAACCGAAUGACCUAAAAUGUUCAAACUCUGCUCACCCGGGGCACCGGGACAUGCAAAAUGAACACGCACAGCGAGAGGAGGGUGUGGGACGGAGAGUGUGUAGGCCUAUGUGUGUAAAGUUAUCUGAACAGUACAUAUGGUUACAGUGUUUUCAUAACAUUGUUGGACAAGUUUAAAAGCUCUUUGUUUCCAUAGAGCCAGCACUUUUUUCCUAUAGUCACACUCAUUUAGAAUGUUUGAAGCUUUAACAGUACUUAAAGCUGUGUGUGUGUGUGUGUGUGUGUGUGGAGUGAGUGUGUGCGCAAGUGUUUAACUUCAAGAGAAUUGAUAAGAGGGAGUAGGCCUACUUAAACAUUAGGAGCGUUAAUAGCUGUAUGUUACAGUGACUUUUUGUGUUGUUUAUGGUGAAAAUGUUAUUAAAACAUUCUAAUUUUGUUUCUGUCCCCAAUCAACGCAUUGUAUGCCUGCAACUCAAUGCACAGUUUUGUUAAUGGAAAAAGCUUUCUUUAGGGCCAAAUUUGAGCAAAUUCAAAAAUUGCGAUUAACUAAUGCCAUUAACUCUAUUUAAUUAUUGUAAUCGUUUGACAGCCCUAAUUUUUGUGCAUGGGUAUGGGGAUAUGCAUUUGUUUUGAAAUGCGCGCGCGUGAGGAGUUCUCCCCAGGUGUUCACAGUAACAGCAGCCACAGAAGUUACAUCUUGAAAGAAUGCUUCACUCAACACGCAGAGAGGUGUUUGCCACCACGUGUGGGAAUACUUUCUAUGUAGCCUACCAGAGAAUCAUCCACAUUAAUAAUCUAUUGCCAUUGUGGAUGGAAAUACCAUAUUCUGUUACACAUGGAAAUACAAGUUAACAAGGAAAAAACUACAGUACUCUCCACUUACUGCAGAUGGAAUUACUAGUAUUAAUCAUUGAAAUGAAUUGUGUAAACACUUUUGAUUAGCUUGUGAUCAGAUGUGUCUUUUUGUUUUCUUGUCCUGUGAUGACACAGGUGUGACCACUGUGCUCACUAUGACGACUCUCAGUAUCAGUGCCCGUAACUCUCUGCCGAAGGUGGCCUACGCCACGGCCAUGGAUUGGUUCAUCGCGGUGUGCUACGCCUUUGUGUUCUCUGCCCUCAUCGAAUUUGCUACCGUCAACUACUUCACCAAAAGAGGCUGGGCCUGGGACGGCAAAAGUGUGGUCAACGUCAAGGUAACCAGGGCAACCACACUGACCACUGACAGUCCCGUAUUGCUGUUCAUUAAAUUGAGUGUCACAUGCAAUCUUGCAUUUGAGUUAACACUGCAUCUUUAUCAUUGUACUGUACUCACUAAUCCAAAAGGUCCAAAAGGCUCCUUAACAGCUUCUACCCCCAAGCCAUAAGACUGCUGAUCAAUUAAUAAAAUGGCCUCCCGGACUAGUUGCAUUGACCCCAUUUUCUUAACUGCAUUGUUGGUUAAGGGCUUGUAAGUAAGCAUUUCACUUUAACGUCUACACCUGUUGUAUUCGGUGCAUGUGAAAAAUAAAAUUUGAUUUGGUUAAUAGCAGUUUUAAUUUAGUGAUGUAAUAAGAGGCAUGUGUAGAACAAGUGAACAACAGCUGUCAAGACAAAUACAAAUCUGAACAACGUCACACAUUCGGUGAAUGUACAGAUUAUACAGCCCCAUGGCAUUGCAGAGAUAAAUGUAAAGGAAAUGCGAAGACCUACCUAUGAAGCAUAGAAAUAGAUACAUUAUAUUCGAUGUAAGCUAGGCUCUCGAAUACUCAGAAGUGUUUGCCUGAAUAUCCAUGUUGAGAUAUUGCAUCUAAAGCGGUACCUUUAUGAAAAGAGAGGGAGGGAUGAAAGAAAGGAAGAUAAAAGAAAAAGGAGAUGAGGUGCUUCAAAAGCAGAGGCGAAAGGCACAAAGGAUCUGUGAUCUCUCAAGUAGGAGAUGGUUGAUACAGUUACAGUGCCUUCAGAAAAUAUUCAUACCCCUUGACUUAUUCCACAUUUUGUGUUACAGCCUGAAUUCAAAAUUGAUUAAAUAGAUUUUUUUCUCUCACCGAUGUACACACAAUACCCAAUAAUGGCAAAGUGAAAACAUGUUUUUAGACAUUUUUGCAAAUGUAUUGAAAAUGAAAUACAGAAAUAUCUAAUUUACAUACAGUGGGGAGAAGAAGUAUUUGAUACACUGCUGAUUUUGCAGGUUUUCCUACUUACAAAGUAUGUAGAGGUCUGUAAUUUUUAUCAUAGGUACACUUGAACUGUGAGAGACGGAAUCUAUAACAAAAAUCCAGAAAUUCACAUUGUAUGAUUUUUAAGUAAUUAAUUAGCAUUUUAUUGCAUGACAUAAGUAUUUGAUACAUCAGAAAUGCAGAACUUAAUAUUUGGUACAGAAACCUUUGUUUGCAAUUACAGAGAUCAUACGUUUCCUGUAGGUCUUGACCAGGUUUGCCCACACUGCAGCAGGGAUUUUGGCCCACUUCUCCAUACAGACCUUCUCCAGAUCCUUCAGGUUUCGGGGCUUUCGCUGGGCAAUACGGACUUUCAGCUCCCUCCAAAGAUUUUCUAUUGGGUUCAGGUCUGGAGACUGGCUAGGCCACUCCAGGACCUUGAGAUGCUUCUUACGGAGCCACUCCUUAGUUGCCCUGGCUGUGUGUUUCGGGUCAAUGCUCUUACUGAGGGAAGGAGGUUGUUGGCCAAGAUCUCGCGAUACAUGGCCCCAUCCAUCCUCCCCUCAAUACGGUGCAGUCGUCCUUUCCCCUUUGCAGAAAAGCAUCCCCAAAGAAUAAUGUUUCCACCUCCAUGCUUCACGGUUGGGAUGGUGUUCUUGGGGUUGUACUCAUCCUUCUUCCUCCAAACACGGCGAGUGGAGUUUAGACCAAAAAGCUCUACUUUUGUCUCAUCAGACCACAUGACCUUCUCCCAUUCCUCCUCUGGAUCAUCCAGAUGGUCAUUGGCAAACUUCAGACGGGCCUGGACAUGCGCUGGCUUGAGCAGGGGGACCUUGCGUGCGCUGCAGGAUUUUAAUCCAUGACGGCGUAGUGUGUUACUAAUGGUUUUCUUUGAGACUGUGGUCCCAGCUCUCUUCAGGUCAUUGACCAGGUACUGCCGUGUAGUUCUGGGCUGAUCCCUCACCUUCCUCAUGAUCAUUGAUGCCCCACAAGGUGAGAUCUUGCAUGGAGCCCCAGACCGAGGGUGAUUGACCGUCAUCUUGAACUUCUUCCAUUUUCUAAUAAUUGCGCCAACAGUUGUUGCCUUCUCACCAAGCUGCUUGCCUAUUGUCCUGUAGGACAUCCCAGCCUUGUGCAGGUCUACAAUUUUAUCCCUGAUGUCCUUACACAGCUCUCUGGUCUUGGCCAUUGUGGAGAGGUUGGAGUCUGUUUGAUUGAGUGUGUGGACAGGUGUCUUUUAUACAGGUAAUGAGUUCAAACAGGUGCAGUUAAUACAGGUAAUGAGUGGAGAACAGGAGGGCUUCUUAAAGAAAAACUAACAUGUCUGUGAGAGCCGGAAUUCUUACUGGUUGGUAGGUGAUCAAAUACUUAUGUCAUGCAAUAAAAUGCAAAUUAAUUACUUAAAAAUCAUACAAUGUGAUUUUCUGGAUUUUUGUUGAAGUGUACCUAUGAUAAAAAUUACAGACCUUUACAUGCUUUGCAAGUAGGAAAACCUGCAAAAUCGGCAGUGUAUCAAAUACUUGUUCUCCCCACUGUAAGUAUUCACACCCCUGAGUCAGUACAUAUUAGAAUCACCUUUGGCAGCGAAUACAGCUGUGAGUCUUUCUGUGUAAGUCGCUAAGAGCUUUGCACACCUGAAUUGUACAAUAUUUGCAUAUAUAUUUUUUAAAUUCUUCAAGCUCUGUCAAGUUGGUUGUUGAUCAUUGCUAGACAGACAUUUUCAAGUCUUGCCAUAGAUGUUCAAGCUGAUUUAAGUCAAAACUGUAACUAGGCCACCCAGGAACAUUCAAUGUCAUCUUGGUAGGCAACUCUAGUGUAUAUUUGGCCUUGUGUUUUAGGUUAUUGUCCUGCUGACAGGUGAAUUCAUCUUCCAGUGUUUGUUGGAAAGCAGACUGAACCAGGUUUUCCUCUAGGAUUUUGCCUGUGCUUAGCUCUAUUCCAUUUAUUUUUAUCCCAUUAAACUCCCUAGUCCUUGCCGAUGACAAGCAUACCCAUAACAUGAUGCAGCCAGCAUCAUGCUUGAAAAAUUGAAGAGUGGUAUUUGGUGAUGUGAUGUGUUGUGUUGGAUUUGCCCCAAACAUAACACUUUGUAUUCAGGACAUAAAGUUCAUUUCUUUGCCACAUUCUUUGCAGCUUUACUUUAAGGCCUUAUUGCCAAAAGGAUGCAUGUUUUGGAAUAUUUUUAUUCUGUACAUGCUUCCUUCUUUUCACUCUGUCAUUUAGGUUAGUAUUAUGGAAUAACUACAAUGUUGUUGAUCCAUCCUCAGUUUUCUCCUAUCACAGCCAUUAAACUCUAACUGUUUUAAAGUCACCAUUGGCCUCAGGGUGAAAUCCCUGAGAGGUUUCCUUCCUCUCCGGCAACUGAGUUAGGAAGGACGCCUGUAUCUUUGUAGUGACUAGGUGUAUUAAUACACCAUCCAAAGUGUAAUUAAUAACUUCACCAUGCUCAAGGUGUAUUUCAAAUUCAUAUUCAAUGUCUGUUUUUUUACCAAAAGGUGCCCUUCUUUGCGAGGCAUUUGGAAAACCUCCCUGGUCUUUGGGGUUGAAUCUGUGUUUGAAAUUCACUGCUGGACUGAGGGAGCUUACAGAUAAUUGUAUGUGUGGGGUACAGAGAUGAGGUAGUCAUUCAAAAAUCAUGUUAGACACUAUUAUUGCACACAGAGUGAGUCCAUGCAACUUAUUAUGUGACUUAUGAAGCACAUUUUUACUCUUGAACUUGUUUAGGCUUGCCAUAACAAAGGGGUUGAAUACUUAUUGACUCAAGACAUUUCAGCUUUUCAUUUUUUAUUAAUUUCUAAAAACAUAAUUCCACUUUGACAUUAUGGAGUAUUGUGUGUGUGUGUGUGUGUGUGUAGGCCAAUGACACAAAAUCUCAAUUUAAUCAAUUUUAUAUUCAGGCUGUAACACACUAAAUCUGGAAAAAGUGAAGGGGUGUGAAUACUUUCUGAAGGCACUGUAAACCAGAGAAAUAUGUGACACCAUGGCUGCAUUUAGACAGGCAGCCCAAUUCUGAUAUUUUUCCCCACUAGUUGGUCUUUUGACCAAUCAGAUCAGCUCUGAAAAAGAUCUGAUGUGAAAAGAUCUGAUGUGAUUGGUCAAAGACCAAUUAGUGGAAAAUAAGAUCAGAAUUGGGCUGCCUUUCUAAACGCAGCCCAGCAUUCAGAUUUCUUAAGUGUUUCUGAGUUCCGAAUUCUGAUUUCAGCUCAUUCCUUUCCCAGCAUAUCUGAUAAUUACACUUUCUCUCCACAGCUCACAUACUCAGAGGAAUGUGUGUGACAGUGAUGGGUGUGCUUUUACUUCAGAAUAACUAUUACUAACUGAACUGGUUGUAACCAUACACAUAUCCUGCCAUAAUACAGAUUCGACAAGUGAGGCCAAUUAGAAUGGUCAUGAGAGACUUCAAAGAGAUUCACACUCCAUGAGGACCUCCAAGGUUACUGUUCAUUUCAAUCCAAAUUGAUAUUGAAAUGAAACCUCAUAAGGUUUAACAGGCAAUUUAGCAGAUUAUAAUAAUUUGGCAUAAUCAUAAUUACUGUGAAAUAGCUACUGUACAACAGAUGCUCCAUUUUCAAACCCGAAGAAUGAUUUCAAACAGAUUACGGCAUCUGGGUAUUGUGCUUUGAGAUGAGCUUUAGCUGUGUGAGAGGUACUGAGAAAACAAACACAAUGAUCUAGUAACAAUCAAACACUUGAAGGAUCAGUUAGCCUUCAGAGUAGUAUUACCUCUGGCUUGUAGUGUCUCUCAUUUGUAUUACAAUCAGUAAUUAAUUACAACCAAUCUCUGUGUAUUUUAUUUCUCUCCUACAACAGAAGAAGGAGGCAUCCGUCAUGAAGAAGAACAAUGCCUACGCCGUUGCUGUGGCAAACUACGCUCCAAACAUCACCAAGGACCAAGGUGGUAUGCCCACCAUCUCCAAGAGUGCCACCUCUGACCCCAACAAGGCCAAGCCAGAGGUCAAGCCCGAGCAGAACAAGAAGACCUUCAACAGCGUCAGCAAAAUCGACCGUAUGUCCCGGAUUAUGUUCCCUGUGCUCUUCGGCGGUUUCAACCUGGUCUACUGGGCCACCUACCUGAGAGAACCAGUCAUAAAGGACAUGGUCCCGUCCAAAUGA